AUGUAUGUGAAAUGGUUUGAUACAGGAAUGUUAUACUAUGUGAUUUUAGUGAAUUUAGUGAAUGUCACUUUUUGUCAUUUUCAAAUUUCCCGCCAGUUCCGUCCCCGUACGUCCUGACACUCACAGGGGACAAAACCCAGAAGACACAUGACGGCAUCCGCAGGAGGACAUUACAGGGGACACUGCAGGAGGGACAUCGCGGGAGCGCAGGACAAGGUAAGUGAAGAACAGAUCCCGGAGCAGCACCGCAUGGUAAGCCCGAGUGUAGAUCGGGGUUACCGCUUCUGGUACUGAAACUUUACCCCGAACUACACUCGGGAAUACCGCCAGGGGGGUAA